CUCCACUGCGCAGCCGCAGUUUUUCCAGGACGCAGAGAGCCGAAGAGGGAGACAGAAAAAUGGCCCUCGAUAAUUUAAUUUUUGCCCAGUGCAUCCUUUAUUUUUUAGCCUUCGUAUUCGGUUUCAUCGCCGUGGUGCCGCUGUCAGAAAACACGGAGGACUUCGGAGGGAAAUGCCUGCUGUUCACGCGGGGUAUGUGGCAGAACGAGAACAUCACGGUGUCGAAGCAGCGUUUCAUCGUGGAGGAGUGGGGAAGCGAGUCCUCCUGCAGCUUCAUCACUUUUGUCGGGAUAUCGUCCCUCAUUCUGUCCGCAGUGCAGGCAUGGAGGCUGCUAUUCUUUCUGUGCAAAGGACACGACGACUCCAUCUUCAACGCCUUCCUCAACCUGCUGAUCAGCUCCCUCGUGGUGUUCAGUGUCUUCCUGUCCAGCACCAUCGUCAGCGUGGGUUUCAACAUGUGGUGUGACUCCGUCACAGAGGGCGGGACAAUGCCUAGCAGCUGUGAGGACCUGCAGGACACUGAUCUAGAACUCGGCCUGGACAACUCCGCUUUCUACGACCAGUUUGCUAUAGCUCAGUUCGGCCUGUGGGCUGCAUGGCUCACUUGGCUUGGGAUUGCAGUGAUGGCCUUCCUGAAGGUCUAUCACAACUACAGACAAGAGGACCUGCUGGACAGCCUGAUCCACGAGAAGGACCUUCUACUCGGCCGCUCCUCGCGACGUAACUCUGGCCUCAAGAUCGGCCUGCUCUAGAAACCAAAGGACACACAAACGCACAACAUGCCCUCACUCGUCCAGUCCUCUCGCCUGCCAUGAGAAACACCAACGUUUGCCUCUGUAGACAAUCAAAGUAGCUUUUGCUCCCAUUGAUUAUGGAUUGAAUCAAACAAGUUUGAGAUUUGUUCUUCAAAGGCAAUUGAUUUUCCCUCAAAAAAAAAAAAAUCUCCCAAUUGUUGUUAAUCCUUCCAAAAUCCUGCUUUAUUGAGUUUAUUCAUCCACUGUGUUCAAACCUCUUCAACACACACACAACCAUAGUUCAGCUCCAAUAGUAUUAAAACCAUUUAAGGGAAAUGUACACCCAGAUUUUCUCUGCUCAUGAAUUUCUAUUAACAGUAUUAACAGCGUGGACCGAUUGGCUGACGGAUCAUGUUAUCUUUGUGAAACCUCUGCAUGGAUAUUAUGCAUGACAAAUGAAUAGGGUGAGGGUUUUUAGAUGUAAAGGGACGAUAUUUAGUUUUAUACUCCAUUAAAUGGUUUUCUGGUAGGAUGUGCACUUCUUCUUGAUGAAGGGAGACUUCUUUGUAUGCCGCUGCAAAGUCAAAUAAUGGCUGUUGCAGCGCAUUCACACUCAGCAGUUACAAAGAGUGUUUUAUGAAAAUGACAACUUGUAGUUAAGAACUAUAAUGUAUCGGGCAGAUGGUCCAACAAUGCUUUUAGCAACCCGUGUGAGAUUAACAAAACAAAACAAAUCGUAUUUGUGCCAAAUAGUAACUCAGGCUUCUCCUUCACACUUUAUAGGCUACGAACCAAUAUACGGUAUUACUGUGAGUAGGCGCAUAAACGUACCUGCAUGCACCUCUACCCUGUUACAUACACAUCACACACUCACUUAUUGUCAGAGAGUACAGGAAGAAAGCAAGUCAGCUCCUUGACUUUGAUAGGGAAUGACAGUUUUAUUCAAAACAACUGAAAUCAUAAAACGGUAGGAACUAAGAAAACCCUCCAGAAAGGCACUUCUUACAAAGUGACCAUAAACGUUUGGACAGCCGUGAAAUGCAGCUUCUAUGCAGGACGUGAGUUCACUGGGUAUUGUUUUAUUGCUCAUGACAAUUUAGUUUGACAGUACAGAGCAGAGAGUGUUUCUUCUAUACAGGCGCUAUUAGCCUUAUAUUGCUUUGACAUUCAAACGCAAAACCUCCAAUCCGACGAUUUCCUUCCGAGUUCCCUGAAACCUGUUAUAUAAAGAACUGUGUUUUACUGGAAACCAUGUCACGUGUGUUAUUGCUCAUAAUGAGAGGUCUUUGGGAUGGGCAUCGCUGUUCCCAUUCAUUCCUAUAAUCCGUUUGUGGUUUGAUUCUGUCGUAUUUCAGUUUGGCCUCAUAUUAAUGGCAAUGAACUUGAUCAAAAUGAUAUAUAUUAUUUUUGUCCAAAGCUUGAUGAGCAUUUGACAUCACGGUUAAAACCUGAAUAUUAUUGUUUCUAAAUAGAAAUGUAACGGGUAACAAAAAGUAAAAAAAUUUAAAAUAAUUGACAGUUGGAUAUUUUCGUAGACGCAGAUACACAGUAUAGAAGAAUAAACAACAUUUAGGAUCAAGGUUAUUUUGUGGAAUUCAAGCGGAUAUAAAGAGGAACACUGUCAAAAGCAUUAGUAUUCAUUCAGUAUGAGCAUAUUCUCUUCGACGUUCAUAACAUUGUGCUGUAGAUUUUCUCCUCAGUGGAGCUAAUCAGCUGAAGACCAGACAGUCUGUAAAGAAAGACGUGAUAUUCAUCUGGUAGACAUUCAACCUGGUGCUGUGAAGUGAUGCAGCCCUGUGUUUUCUAUCUCACGGAUAAUUAUCCAACUGUUCCAUAUGUGUGCUUCAGUCCACCUCCCCCUCCAAUGUGCACUGUGCCAAUCAAAGCCGUUUCCAAACUUCUCUACAUUCAUUUAUGUGCAAUUAUACAAGGCUGAAUAUUUUUGAUAGUCCUUAUUAUAUUGAACCAUAUAUACACAUUCAGUUCUGUGUAAUAUCUGAUGUACACACACCAUGUAUUGAAGCGAAAUAAAUAUUUGCAUUCCA